AUGAUACGUGGUGCACCUUUAGUGUUGACACCUUCUAGGACCCUUUUCCAAUCUAGUGUUUUACAAGAUCUCUCUAAAGAUGAGAAGAGUAACCUAUACGUCGAGAACUUUGAACGAUUACAAAAGGAGAAAAUUGCCCAGCAAAAGUACCGGAUGCAGACAUCGACAAACUAUGCUACGUCGUUGGGGAUUGUUUUCUUGGCCCUUGCUUUCAUGGCUGUUCCUUUCUACAGAGCUCUUUGUAAGCGAACUGGCUGGGGAGGAACUCCCAUCACAGAUGCCUCCAAAUUCACAAAAGAUAAGGUGGUUCCAGUGGACACAAACAGGAGAAUUCGAAUCUCUUUUACAUGCCAAUCUUCCGGAAUCUUACCCUGGAAGUUCACUCCUCUCCAGAGAGAAGUGUACGUGGUGCCAGGCGAAACGGCAUUGGCAUUUUACAGAGCCAAAAACAAUUCAAAAGAAGACAUGAUCGGAAUGGCCACGUACUCGGUGACACCCGAGCAAGCUGCGGGCUAUUUCAACAAGAUCCAGUGCUUUUGUUUCGAAGAACAGAGAUUGGCAGCAGGUGAAGAAGUGGACAUGCCGGUGUUCUUCUUCAUUGACCCUGACUUUGCUAAGGAUCCCGACUUAAGAACUGUGGAUGACAUAGUGUUGAACUACGCGUUUUUCAGAGCCUCGUAUACGGAUGGGGAAUUGGCUGCAAUGCCGGUAGCCCAUCUUGAACUUAAGGCAGAAAUGCAAUAA